AGGUGGCACAGCAUAGCGAGGCUCGUUCCAGAACCUGCUUGUCCUCUUGGUCCCGCCGAGGCUUGGUCUGGCUUUCAAAAGCAGAGAAGGGCCAGGAAACCCCCAGCCCACCGAUCUUCAGGGGAGCUGGGCCCUGUGAGGGGGUGUGGCGCCGACAGCCUUUGCUUCUUUCUCCAGCCAGAGGGGCUGGCAGUCGGGCUUGGGCAUCCUCCAGAACUAGCCGAGUAAUGACAAGGGAAGAGGAACUGGCUUCCCGGGCAGUCUCCCCCGCCCCAAAGUUUUCCUCUUCGCUGAGGGUGGCGGGCGGAGGGAGGAAGCAGGCCGAGGGAGGUGGAGCCCGCUCGGAAGCGCUCAGGACCGCGGCUCCGGGAUGCUGAUCUGACCCGGCCAGGGGGAUGCUCUUCGUGUCUCUCUCUGUCCGUGACUCCCCCAAAGCAUCAGCAGGAGGCCAGCACAUGGCAGCCACCCUGUGAGCCUUCCUGAACCCAGGUCUUGGGUCCUCAGGCUGCCUGCUGACUAUGGGUACGACAGCCAGCACAGCCCAGCAGACGGUCUCGGCGGGUGCCCCCCUCGAGGGUCUCCAGGGCAGCAGCACCAUGGACAGCCGGCAUUCCUUCAGCGUCCAUGCCUUCCAGAGCACGAGCCUGCACAACAGCAAGGCCAAGUCCAUCAUCCCCAACAAGGUGGCCCCUGUCGUGAUCACGUACAACUGCAAAGAGGAGUUCCAGAUCCAUGAUGAGCCGCUCAAGGCGCAUUACACACUGGGCCGGCUCUCGGACACCACCCCUGAGCACUACCUGGUGCAGGGCCGCUACUUCCUGGUGCGGGAUGUUACUGAGAAGAUGGACGUGCUGGGAACCUCGGGGAGCUGUGGGGUCCUCAACUUCCGGCAGGCACAGGGUGGGCUCGCUGUGUUCGGCAUGGGACAGCCUAGCCUCUCAGGGUUCAAGCGGGUCCUCCAGAAACUCCAGAAGGAUGGACACAAGGAGUGCAUCAUCUUCUGCGUGCGGGAGGAGCCCGUGCUGUUCCUGCAUGCCGGUGAGGACUUCGUGUCCUACACGCCUCGAGACAGGCACAAGCUUCAUGAGAACCUCCAGGGCCUGGGGCCUGGGGUCCGGGUGGAGAGCACAGAGCUGGCCAUCCGGAAAGAGAUCCAGGACUUUGCCCAGCUGAGCGAGAACACCUACCACGUGUACCAUGACAUGGAGGACCUGCGGACGGAGCCCUGUGCUGUGGCCGUCAGGGGUGAGGACGACGUGCGUGUGACCGAGGAGGUGUACAAGCGGCCCCUUUUCCUGCAGCCCACCUACAGGUACCACCGCCUGCCCCUGCCGGAGCAGGGGGCACCCUUGGAAGCGCAGUUUGACGCCUUUGUCAGCAUCCUGCGGGAGAUACCCAGCCUGCUCCAUCUCCGAGAUGCCCACGGGUCUGCCCCCACCCUCCUCUUCAGCUGCCAUUCAGGUGUGGGCAGGACCAACCUGGGCAUGGUCCUGGGUGCCCUGGUGCUGUUUCACCACAGUGGGACCUCACAGGCCGAGCCUGGGCCCCUGCAGACCAAGCCCCUGCCCAUGGAGCAGUUCCACAUGGUCCAGAGUUUUCUGCACAUGGUGCCCCAGGGCAGGAGGAUGGUGGAAGAGGUGGACAGAGCCAUUGAUGCCUGUGCCGAGUUGCAUGAUCUGAGGGAGGUGGCCCUGGAGAACCAGAGGAAGCUGGAAGGCGUCCGGCCGGAGAGCCGAGCACAGGAAAGCAGUGAGCAGCAUGUUGCCCAGCAGAGGGCGCUGCGGAGCCUGGAGCGCUACUUCCACCUGAUCCUGUUCAGCUACUAUCUGCAUGAGCAGUACCCCCUGGCCUUUGCCCUCAGUUUUAGCCGCUGGCUGUGCACCCACCCCGAGCUGUACCGUCUCCCCGUGACGCUGAGCUCAGGGGGGGCCAUGACCCCCAGGGACCUCCUUGCCCAGGGCUCCCUGGAGGCCGAUGAUCUCGUCUCCCCGGAUGCGCUCAGCACCAUCCGAGAGAUGGACGUGGCCAACUUCCGGCGUGUGCCCCGCAUGCCCAUCUAUGGCAUGGCCCAGCCUGGUGCCAAGGCCCUGGGCAGCAUCCUGACCUACCUGACUGAUGCCAAAAGGAAGCUGCAGCAGGUGGUCUGGGUCAACCUGCGGGAGGACGCUGUGCUGGAGUGUGAUGGUCACAUCCACAGCCUGCGGCCGCCUGGGGCCCCCAUGGCCCCCGCUCAGUUGGAGGCCAUGGAGGCCCAGCUGAAGGCCUACCUGAGCAAGCCGCCCCCCGACAUGAAGGACCCACCGCUCCCCAGGUUCCAGGCGUGCCUCACCAUGCAGGAGGUGUUCAGCCAGCACUGUGGGGCCUGCCCCGGCCUCACCUACCGCCGUGUCCCCCUGCCGGACUUCUGCGCCCCCCGAGAGGAGGACUUUGACCAGCUGCUGGAUGCCCUGCGGGCGGCCCUUGCCAAGGACCCCGGCACUGGCUUCAUGUUCAGCUGCCUCAGUGGCCAGGGCCGGACCACGACUGCCAUGGUGGUGGCUGUGCUGGCCUUCUGGCGCAUCCGAGGCUGCCCCGAGGUGGGAGAGGAAGAGCUCGUGAGUGUGCCUGAUGCCAAGUUCACCAAGGGUGAGUUUCAGGUGGUGAUGAAGGUUGUGCAACUGCUGCCCGAUGGGCACCGCAUGAAGAAGGAGGUGGACGCAGCGCUGGACACAGUCAGUGAGACCAUGACGCCCAUGCACUAUCACCUGCGGGAGAUUAUCAUCUGCACCUACCGCCAGGCAAAGGCUGCCAAAGAUGAGCAGGAGGUGCGGAGGCUGCAGCUUCGAAGCCUGCAGUACCUGGAGCGCUACAUCUACCUGAUCCUCUUCAACGCCUACCUCCACCUGGAGGAGGCGAACUCCUGGCAGAGGCCCUUCAGCACCUGGAUGUGGGAGGUGGCAUCCAAGGCCGGAGUCUAUGAGAUCCUCAACCAGCUGGGCUUUCCUGAGCUGGAGAGCACGGAGGACCAGCCCUUCUCCAGGCUGCGACACCGGUGGCAGGAGCAGAGCCUCGGGCCUGAGCCCUCAGCCGGCAGGGACUUCCUGUAGGGGCUUCCUCCUGGCCUCCGCAGGUCCUCUUCACUGGAGCUGGGCCCAGGGAGCUGGCCUUGCAGAAGUGACUUGCAGCUUCCUGAGCGGCAGGGCGGGGCAGGGAGCCUUGUGGAAGGAGCUUUGUCCAGGACCCACAGUCGGCACAGCUACUCAGAGGCGCGUGGACUCCAAGAGACCUGCUGUGGGCACCUUGCAGACACCUGGCGUUCAGCCCCCAGCAAGCACAUGCCCCAAACUGCCAAGCAGCUGAUUGUCACCUCUGUCCUCUUCUCCCCUUCUCAGAGGUUCUGAUGGCCCAGCACGCGUCAGUUCCUUCCCUUGCUUCCUCCGGCUGCCCCACCUCUGCUCCCCUUUUGCUCCCUGAGCACUGCCCUGGGGACCCCAGCUGCCUGUGGUGGGUGGGUGCAUUGAUUACCUUAAAGGAAGCUUCACCUGUUGUCUCUCAGCCCCGCCUCCAGCCAGGGAGACUGCAAGGACGACCUGCACGGCCAGGGACAGGCCUUGCCUCUCCGUCCUGUCCCCUGUCCCUUUCCCCUGGGCUGGCGGGAUGUGGAGGUCUCUGGGGAGCUGGAAACAUCAGGGGACCCUUCUUGGGGAUUUAGAAAGUGCUUUUAGAGGCCGACACAGCACUAAAUUGCCCUGGCGCCUGGGCCACGGUGCCAGGCCACCCAUCUACCCUGCUCAGGCCUCCCCACCCCCAGCCCUGGCAGGACCCAGAGGGUGGCAGAGUCAGGGGUGGCUGUUGGGGUGGCACUUGUGAGCAGUGGAAUGCGAGAGACUGGGCAAGGGUGGCGUGAGGGGGUCCGGUGGGUUCCAGGCCAGCGCUGUGGAGGGUCAGAGGGUGGUUGAACUGGCUCCCUGGGGGAGCAUAAAGGCCAACCCCACUGAGUUACGUGUCCUGGGAUCACCUCUGUCCUCGCUUGGGAGGGUGUGGGGACGGGUGGGAGACAGGACUGGCAGCUGCCCAUCGUGCCAGGGCUGCUGUUUGCUGAAACCCAAGGGUUGGGUAGGGGUAGCCCAUGUGCCCACCUGGCUCCUGGGGUCAGGGAAGCCUCUCCAGUUGGGCUCAUGCAUUUCUGCAGAAAGACAGAAGGAUGGAGCCGGGUGUGGUGUUGCACAUCUGUGAUCUCAGCACUCUGGAGGCUGAGGCAGGAGGACCACUGAGAAUUUGAG